CGGCUCCACGGCGGAGCCCUUCAGCAAACUCGCGCCUUUCCCCACCCCCCUCUUUUUUUCUUUUUCAAAAGUCAACGAGUGCUGUCAUAAGGAGCGCAGGAGCAGAGCUUCUCUAAGAUCAAUUCAGCCUGCCUUCCCCCCUCCACCUUGUCUGCUACCUCACUGAAGUAAGCCAAAAUUCAAUCUUAGAGUUCAUUUAGACACUUUUUCUAAAACUGCAAAUAAUUUCUGCCAGAAAUAUUAUGUGUGUGUUACAAGGGGAGGGAAACCUGAGCUUGUAAUAUGCUAUCAGAAAUCUUGCACACGCACAUCUGUACUUAAAAAGCAACUGUAAUGGACGUUAAGCUUUGACUGUUAUAAUAUAUUCUUCAUUUAAAAAAAAUAGCUGUUAUUGCCAGUAUAAGUGGCUAUAACAGCUUCUUCUCUGUUAUAAUGUGUAAGUUCUGUCAUUUCAAUGUUUUGUCCUGUGGUCUAGGUUGAGGCUUGUUUGCCUGCUUUAAAAUCCUGUCUGGUCUCAGAAUAAUAACAAAAAUGUGUUUCUAAAAUUUUUAUUUUUAGAUAAAAUGAAUAGAAAGACUCUACCUGUCUCCAACUCCACCUUAAGAAGGAGGGCCCGUGUAGACGUAGAAAACCGACUUAAACAAAUGCGGGAUGACGCCACAAAUUUAAUUGACUUUCAGAUGACAACAGAGAGGAACCUUGACCAUGGACACAUCAGUGAAGAGCAUUUUCAUGAAAGUCACACUGGAACUGAUAAUCCACACUGUCUAGACACUGAAACCGGUGCUGGUUUUAGUGAGCAAGAUGGCAUGGAGAUAGAUCUAGGCCUGUCUGAGGAUUUUGAGGAUGCUGCUUGUGAUGUUCAGACUCAGACAUCUGAGUCUGAUCAUUUUGAUGAUGAACUCCAAGACUCGGUUUCACUCUCUGACAGUUUAUCCCACUGGGCCAUACAAUUUCGUAUUUCCUUGGUCGCUUUGACAGCAUUAUUGGCCAUACUUCGCAUUUACCAUUCUGAUAUUCCAAAGGAUGCUAGGACACUCCUCAGAACUGAGACAGAAUACUCAAUUCUUGAAAGGGCUGGAGGACAGUACCACUAUUUUGGCAUUCUGGCUUCUCUUAGAAAUACAUUGUUAAAGUUCAAACACACGUUAGCAGACAGUUUCACUUUAAAGUUACAAAUCAACAUAGAUGGACUUCCUUUGUUCAAGAGUUCUUGUCUGCAGUUGUGGCCCAUCCUUGGUCUACUAUUAAGUGUUCCCAUGAAGGAACCUGUAGUUAUAGGUUUGUUCUGUGGACCAAAGAAACCAAGUUCAGCAAAAGACUUCCUUGAAGACUUUGUUACAGAGUUACAACAGCUUGAAAAUGGUUUUGAUUUAGAAGGUAAACAGUUAAAUCUCAAGCUGCAUACAGUCAUCUGUGACACACCAGCCAGGUCCUUUAUUAAAAACACAAAGAACCACAAUGCCUACCAUGGAUGUGACAAAUGUGUGCAGCCUGGAAACUAUAUUAACAGACGCAUGACAUACCCAUGUGCAGACUAUGCCCUACGGACAGAUGAAUCCUUCACAAACAUGGCCGAUGAGAGUCAUCAUCAUGAAGGACCACAUCCAUUUAUUGGCAGUAGUGUGGGUAUGGUUUCACAGUUCCCUCUAGAUUACAUGCAUUUAGUUUGUUUAGGAGUUGUUAGAAGAAUGCUACACAUCUGGCUCAGGGGUCCUCUGAAUUUUCGAUUGCCUGCGAGCAUAGUGGAAAGAAUGUCAGCAAAACUGUUAGAAAUGCGUUCCUUUAUUCCUGUAGAGUUUGCACGGAAGCCCAGAUCUCUGAGGGAAUUGGAUCGUUGGAAGGCCACAGAAUUUAGACAGUUUCUCCUGUACACAGGACCUGUAAUGCUAGGCACAUUUCUGGAUCAAAAUAUGUACUAUAAUUUCAUGCUACUCUUCUCUGGUGUUGCUAUUUUAGUUAGUCCUAGACUGUCCUGCCACACACAGUAUGCCCGUACUUUGCUGAAAUGUUUUGUUAGUCACUUUGGUGAAAUAUAUGGAAAAGAUCAAAUUGUUUAUAAUGUACAUGGUUUGGUCCAUCUAGCAGGUGAUGUGCAACUACAUGGUUGUCUGGACUCAUUUUCAGCAUUUCCUUAUGAAAAUUAUCUGCAUAAGCUUAAAAAGCUCAUCAGGAAACCAGAGUUCCCCCUUGCCCAAAUAAUCCGUCGAUUGUCUGAAAUUAGAAUUAUGGAAGCUCCUUUAAGUUGUACCUCUUUUAAAAAGCCACAUUAUGUUGGACCAAUUAUAGGUGGACUGUCAGUGAAAGCACAGUAUGGUGAAAUGACCUGUGAUAAGUGGACUGUUAAAGUUUCAACUGGGGAUAAUGUUUUUGUUAUUGGAAAUGAUAUUUGUUGUAUACAUAACAUUGUAGAGUGCAGUGAUGGAGUCUAUGUGGUAUACAAGGAAUUCUCAGAUAAAUCUUUGUUCUUUGAUUAUCCAUUUAACUCUGACUAUCUGAAUAUUUAUAAAAUUUCACAAACAUCAGAUUCAUUCAAGUGUGUUAAAGUGUCAGAGCUUGUUGUAAAAUGUACUGUUUUGCCUCAUAGAGAUGGUUUUGUGGCCAUACCAAUGUUCCAUGCCUUUUAGGGACACAUCAGAUUUUUCUCUGUACCUGUCUAUUGUCCUUGCUGGCAGUAUAACUUAAUAGCUAUUAAGGCUGUUUUUUUUCUAACAGGCAUUUAAAAUGUCGAGGAUGAUACCAUUUUGUUAUAUUAUUUUCUAAGCAAAGCAAUUGUGGUAGUGUUGCUGGUUGCAGCUCUUUUUUUUGUUAUUUGUUGUUGUUUGAUUUCUUUUUCCACUUCAAGAUGUUCCAUUUGGUCGAGUUCCAGAGCAACAAAGCAGUAGCAGUAGUACCAGAAAACUGGUGCUGUGAUGGUGCUACCUACUGGCCCAACUAUAGAAAUGAUGAAAGAGUGGAUAAGGCAGUAAAAAAUGUAGAGGAACCA